AUGGCCCACCGCGGCGUGGAGAGGGACUUCCAGUCGUCAGCGCGGCGCAUGGGCACCUCCCUGCUCUUCCAGCUUUCAGUGCACGAACGGGAGCUGGACCUGGUGUUUCUGGAUCACAGCUAUGCCAAGCCAUGGAGCGCCCACCCAGAUGCCAGUAGCGCCCGGCCCACCCGCAUGCUCUUCGUCACUCCCCGGCGGCAGCAUGAAAGCACCAUCGAGUCAGACGUCCCAAUAGAUGUGGAGACAGUCACUUCAACCCCCAUGCCUCUCUACGACAAUCAGAAGGCACGCAGCGUGAUGAACGAGUGUGAAAGGCAUGUCAUCUUCGCCCGGACUGAUGCAGACGCCCCUCCCCCACCAGAGGACUGGGAGGAGCAUGUCAACAGAACGGGCUGGACAAUGGCCCAGAACAAGCUAUUCAACAAGAUCCUCAAAGCGCUGCAGUCUGACCGGCUUGCCCGCUUGGCCAAUGAAGGGGCUUGCAAUGAGCCAGUGCUGCGUCGAGUUGCGGUGGACAAGUGUGCAAGGAGAGUGCGGCAGGCUCUGGCGAGUGUAAGCUGGGACCCCAAACUGAUCCAGUGGCUGCACACCACCCUGGUGGAGACUCUGAGUCUGCCCAUGCUGGCGGCCUACCUGGAUGCCUUGCAGACACUGAAAGGGAAGAUCCCUUCCUUGAUUGACCGGAUGCUUGUGUCAUCCAACACGAAGACGGGGGCUGCAGGAGCCGAGGCCCUGUCCCUCUUGCUGAAGAGGCCCUGGGACCCCGCUGUGGGCGUGCUUUCCCAUAACAAACCAAGCAAGCUCCCCGGCUCUCCACUCAUUCUCAUCGCCUCCUCCGGGCCCUCCAGUUCUGCGUUUCCCACCUCCCGCCGCCACCGCUUCUGGCAGUCUCAGCUCUCCUGCUUAGGCAAGGUCAUUCCCGUAGCCACCCAUCUGCUGAACAAUGGAAAUGGGGUGGGAGUUCUGCAGUGUCUUGAGCAUAUGAUUGGAGCCGUGAGAAGCAAAGUGCUGGAGAUUCACAGCCAUUUUCCCCACAAACCCAUCAUCUUGAUUGGCUGGAAUACAGGAGCUCUGGUGGCCUGUCAUGUAUCGGUGAUGGAGUACGUCACUGCGGUUGUCUGCCUUGGGUUCCCUCUGCUUACUGUGGACGGCCCCAGAGGGGAUGUGGAUGAUCCCCUCUUGGAUAUGAAGACUCCAGUCCUCUUUGUCAUUGGCCAGAAUUCCCUGCAGUGUCACCCUGAAGCCAUGGAGGACUUCCGGGAGAAGAUUCGGGCCGAGAACAGUUUGGUGGUGGUUGGGGGAGCAGAUGACAACCUCAGGAUAAGUAAAGCAAAGAAGAAAUCAGAAGGGUUGACACAGAGCAUGGUGGACAGGUGUAUCCAGGAUGAGAUUGUGGACUUUCUGACUGGAGUGCUCACUCGCACUGAGGGGCACGUGGGUGCCGAGCCGCGGGACCAGGAUGCUGAGAAGAAGAAGAAGCCCCGGGAUGUGGCCCGCAGAGACCUGGCCUUUGAGAUCCCCGAGAGGGGCAGUCGACCUGCCUCGCCAGCUGCCAGGCUUCCAGCCUCCCCGUCAGGCUCCGAGGAUCUCUCCAGUGUGUCCAGCAGCCCCACCUCCAGUCCUAAGACCAAAGUGACCACAGUGGCCUCGGCCCAGAAGUCCAGUCAGAUUGGGAGCUCGCAGCUGCUGAAGAGACACGUGCAGCGGACGGAAGCUGUGCUGACCCACAAACAAGCCCAAGUUCCCAUCUCAUCAGAACAAGCGGAGGAAGCAGAGAAAGAGGAUCUGAGGGUACAGCUAAAGCGGCACCAUCCCUCCAGUCCUCUGUCUGGCAGUAAGGCCUCCAAGCGACCCAAGAUCAAGGUGUCCCUCAUCUCCCAAGGGGACCCAGCUGGAGGGCCUUGUACUCCUACCCAAGGAGGAACCCCAGAAGCUGGGGGAGGAAAGCCCGUCAUGAUGACCCUGGGACAGGCGGCAGCAGGUGCCAAGGAGCUCACAGGGCUUCUCACCACAGCCAGGCCCAGUGCUUCUGAAGCGGCUGUGCCAGCCAGCCCGGCCUCCUCCGUUGUCUCCAGCAGCACCGCCCCCAGCCCCCUGCACACACUCCAGAGCCGCCUGGUGGCCACCUCCCCUAGCAGCUCCCUCCCAGGGGCCACAUCCGCCAGCAGCCUCCUCCAAGGCCUCAGCUUCAGCUUACAGGACAUCAGCAGCAAGGCCUCGGGCCUCCCGGCAAGUCCCUCCCCAGGACCAUCCCCACAGGCCACCAGUGUGAAGCUGCCCACUCCCAUACAGAGCCUGGGUGCCAUCACCACAGGCACCAGCACCAUUGUCCGUACCAUUCCUGUCGCCACCACUCUCUCGUCCUUGGGUGCCGCUCCUGGUGGAAAACCUACAGCCAUCCACCAGCUGCUGACCAAUGGGGGCCUCGCCAAGUUGGCAAGCAGCCUCCCUGGCCUGGCUCAGAUCUCCAACCAAGCAUCAGGCUUGAAGGUCCCCACCACCAUUACGCUGACCCUUCGAGGGCAACCAAGCCGGAUCACCACACUGAGCCCCAUGGGCCCAGGAGUAGCCCCAUCCGAGGAGCCCACCUCCCAGGUGCUGCCCUCCAACUCACAGCGCCUGCCUCCAGCUCCCUGA